AUAGUAUGUUCUCGAAAUGGAAACUUGUAUUUGUGCAUGUUAUCCAACGGCUUUGACGCCUGCUCUGUCUUGCUAACAACCCUCCACCUCAUAUUUCUCCCCCAUUGGGCACCUCCUUUUGUCGUAGCACUUCUACUUUCUUUCUUCAUCUCAAGUCUUGUAACCAUGUCUCAAGCUCAAGCAUCCAUUCCAUCACAACCUCGUGCAAAGCAACUGCGAGCAUGCCUUCUGUGCUCCAUAAUCCAAACGCCCGCUGACUUUCGUAAAUAUGGAUGCCCCAAUUGCGAAGAAAUCAUGCAGAUGAAGGGCUACCCUGAUCGAAUCAGCGUGUGCACAACGACAUACUUCGAGGGUAUCAUUGCUGUGAUCGACCCGGAACACAGUUGGGUGGCGAGGUGGCAAAGAACUUCGAAAUAUGUUCGCGGAAUGUACGCUACGCGGGUCAAGGGACGAGUACCAGACGACGUGGAAGCAGAGUUGGAGAGCAGAGGCAUCAAAUACCGGCAGCGGGACCAGACAGACAUGGAUUAAGCAUGUCCUAGGAUACCAUCGACCGCUGUGUAUAGUCCAUUCCUUGACUUCUCUUC